GCCCCUAGGGGCUAUCUAAGGCCCUGCGAACAAUUGUACGCAGCCUUAAAGCCCUACAAGUAGUGCCGGCGGCGUCGCGGUAGGUACACCGCGAAUUGCGACCCCUAACGCGCAGCCGCCCCAGCAACACCAUUAACAACAACAACAACAACAACAACAACAACAACGCCAAAACCAACACCAAAACCCGAAGCCCAUCAAGAACGUCCACCAGGACGUCCAAGACCUCGUCAACGAAGCACACGGCAUACAAGACCUCCUGCGGAAUAAGCCAAUCCAAUCCCUCGAGAUGAAUGCGAUCGUCCAAACCCUCUACGACUUUGCAGGACGCGUCCUGUUCGGCCUCUCGGAUACCGCGAUCGACCUACGGCAGACACCAUGGAAAAAGCUGAUAAAGAUGAUGGAGGACACGAAAAAGGAGGUACACGCGUUGUCAACGCACGGGAAGACGUAUGCCGCAGCAGCAGCAGGCACAACACUAUUAGCCAUGCUAAGCGGCAUGGCUGCGCAAUACGGGAAGGCAGCAGGAAAUAGGCAGUAUGCAGGGCAACCUAUAAAUGUCCAUGAAAUCACCAUCUAUAUCGAGGAUAACAACGAGCGAACCACAACCGCAGCAGAUAUAAAUAUAACUAUCACCCAGAAGCUUUAAGCAGCCGGACCACCGGACAUAACAAAGAUUAGCGGUAUAAGGAAGCUACAGAGUAGAAACGUUAAGGCAUAUAUCGCGGAUAAGGCUAUAAAGGAAGCACUGCUUAAGAAAAGGAAAUAGGUGCAGGUGCUAGGCAAAACGGCAUAUAUAUAACUGCCUGUAGUGCUAAUAGAGGUAUAUAAAGUACCUAAAAACUUAAACCUAGAAAGCUAAAUACUUAAAAAUAAUAUUAUUAGGGCUAACACGAUAAUUAAC